CACGUGGCUGCAAAUACUAACAAGGUUUCUCACAAGACAAGUCAUUUUCGCACCUUUGAACUGAGUCAGUAUUACCUCUACGAACUUUCAGGCAGCACUGUUAUUGAGCGACCCAGACAGAUCUGUCCUUAUAUGAUUGUAGCUUUUCAGUACAGGGAACCUAAAAAGAUGGCAGCACCAGCUCAUAAUCAUAAAAGCAUACUUGAACUCAAAGAAAAUGUUCUCAUCUCUCCAUGGAAAGGGAAAUUAAUUAUUCAAGGCUGUCUGCUGUGUGAUAUAACUCUUUGGUCCUCUUACGGUACAGUGGUUCCAAAACAACUACCACAUGAACUAGAUUUUAAGUAUGUAAUGAAAGUGUCGUCUUUGAAAAAAAGACUACCAGAAGCUGCUUUUAGAAAACAGAAUUACAUGGAGCACAAAGUCUGUUGCCAAGAUAUGUGCUUCAAUAUGUAUGAGGUGGAACUGUCCAACAAGCAAGGGGAAAAAGUAGAUAAACUAACAGAGUACAUUAAAAGGGAGCAAUUGGCAAUCAUCAAAUGCUUAGAAGAUCGAGAAUUUUUCAUUUUACUUACGUCGUCAGCCUUAAUGUCAGAAGCAAGUUUUGGAGAGGAGCAGAUGGGUCUUCACGGGUUGCAUUUAUUCCAUUCAUCCCUGUCAGCAGGACUGAAAGACUUGAAAGUUGAAGAUAUCUCAUUGAAGGUGGUACCUGUUUUACCUGCCCUUAAUUGUGCCCUGCUGGAAGCAAAGAAAUCAUUCUCUGAAAAAGGAAUCUGUCUAAACACAUUAGUAAAGCAUAAUUUCCAAGAACUGUACAAGGUGGACAAAAGUCCUUCAUUGACUGCUGCUUCUCAGGAUGGAAUUAAAGAGACUGCAUUCUUUGGCAAAGUGUCCAGUGGUUUUGACUUGACUCCUCCAGCUGAAAAGUGCCCUUUACAGUCUUUAACUCAGUUGAGGUCUUAUAUUUCAGAUCCUAACGGGUACAUUUUGGAAGUAUCUACUGUACUAGACUUAUUGGCAGAGUGUCCUCAGUCUCCUUGUAUUUCAGAUGGAAUUUGUGAUGCUGGAUUUUCUUUAGUUAUGACUCCAGAUCCUGAAUUUCACGACUCAGAGGCAGAAGUAAGAAAAGAAACAGAAACACAAAAGAAUUCUGAAGAGAUGUUUAAAGCAAGGCAGGGAGCUCUGGUCCCAGUAAGUCCGGCAUCAAAUCUGAGAGUUCAGCCUAAGAGAAAAGCAAGCACGCUGCCCGUGGUACAGAGUAAAAGGGUGAACUUGUGCCGUCCCUUUCCCAAAAGAACUUCUGCUGGAGCAAACAAGGGUCCAGACUCUCCCACAACUCUCAAGUUAGUCAAAGGACAGUUUCCUCAGAAAAGAAAAAGAGCCAAAGGAGAAACUUCUUCACAGCUUCAAUCAGAAAUUUCAGAUGGUCAGGAAGAUGUUAUUAGCAUAAGUACAGCUCAACCAGAAAAUAUCACAGUGGCUCCAAAAGACCCACCUGAAAACUCCAUUGUCAACUGUGACUCCCAGGCCCUAAAUAUGUUGGCUGAUCUUGCAUUAAGCGCUGCUACCUCUACCACACCAUCCUCUGAGCCCAGAAACUUUCCCUGCUCCUCUGAAUUGCCACAAAACGAUGUUUUGCUUUCUAAAGAACAUUCUUUGCGCGGUACAUCGGACCAUGAAUAUCAUAGAGGAGUUAAAAGUCAAAAAGGUGGACCGUUAUCCAAGCCCUCCUCUGAUAAGAGUAAUCUGACGUCAGACCCCACGGUCAGCCAGGAGGAAGAGAGCUUGGUUCCUGGCAUUCAGGCCCCUGCGGAAGUCCAGUCGGCACUUCCCGAGGAAACCCUAGAAAGUUCCAACGCAAGCCAAAGCUCUUUUGUUGCUGUGGAGCAUUCCUAUGCCCUGCUCCUUGCAGAACAUUCAAAGAAGCAUCUACAGCAGAGAGGGGCCCCAGGCCCUGCCUUUGCCAAGAAUGGCACAAAAGGCCCCGAAGCGGGAACCCCAGUGGGGAAAGUGAUGCCAUUUCGGCAUCAGCAGAUCACCUCCCCACUGCAGAAGCUCUCCGAGGCCCCAGCGCUCAGGCGCAGGAGCAGGGUGCUGCCCUCCAGCCUGCAGGACUUCUGCCGCUCUCAUACCGUAUUCAGCUGUGACGGCUCCUUUAAGGUCACUUUCAAAUGUGAAGCAGAUUACGUGUUCAGCUUAGACAGCAAGUAUACCAACAACCCCCUGGAGAAGACUGUAAUCAGAGCACUACAUGGGCCCUGGAAUACUGAUUUACCAGAUAAUGUGGAAGAAGUGAAGCUUUUACUUCAUAUGUGGGUAGCUCUGUUCUACAGCAAUCGAAACAAAGUCAUACGAUCAUCCCGAAAAGUAGUAGAACACAGCAACCCAGCAAAAUACGUGUCCAUAAAUAGCACGUUAGAAUCGUUUGAAUUCAGUGAAAUUGAGGAGUCCUCCGGUGUGGAAAGGUGCUCCGUAGACCCUCUGUUGGAGACUAAUGGGGCUCCCAGAGGUCCUACUGCCGAAGUGUCCUUCCCGGACACUGACCCCCUGCUUCCUUUCAUGAAACCACCGCCUGUGAGAGGCUUGGAGCUUUGGGUGCAGAAUGAACAGAAAGAAAUGUUUGCAACAGCAGGUUAUCCAGAGACCCCAGAAAGCCAGAAUUUCAUCUAUUCUUGUAAUAAUGAGAUAAUUGGGGGGAAAGCCAAACAAGAGUCAUCAGAUAAACUAGAAACCUCUAAUCUGGUGCUUUCUAGCAUUGGAAGCACCCAAAUUAAUGGAUCUUCUAUUCCUGCUGAAGAUAAAACCUUUGAGCCACUUGAUAGCACACAGGUGACUUCUUAUAAUGAUACUGUCACACAGUCCACGUUCGCCAGGACUUACGAUGGGAUCAGCAGUCCGUCAAUGAUUUGUCAAAAGUCUGUGUACAGCACCCUUGAAAGCAAAGUUGAUGUUUUUCAUGCAAAAAUGCAAACAAAAACAGGUGCUUUGCAGGGCCUUAUCCAGCAUAGCAGCCCCAUAAACAAAGAAUGUCAGCCAUCGUUGGAAGGGAAGGAUGAUAUGGGGUAUGUAAUGAUUAAUCUGGAACCUGUUACACUCACUUUUGAAAAAAAUGCCUAUGCACCAAUACAGACAGAAGUUGUAAAUAGAGCUGAUAAACCUACAACCUUUAAUGUGGAGUUGAUUAAACAAGUAUCACCUGCUACAAGCCUUAGACAUCCUGUGUCCGCAUUUGAAAAGGCACCGACACAGGGUCUUAGGGACAUUCCCUCUCUGGCAAUGUCAGGACAACAAGGCGCUAAGUACCUUUGUGCCUCCUCAGUGAGUAGAGAGACACUUGCUAAAGAAAUGUGUUCAUUACAGAAAGGACAGGCUGUUGCAGGCUCACCAUCGCCAUCUGAUAAUUCCCUGGUAACAGAGGCAUUAUCACUGGUUAAAAGUUCUAAUUAUUUGUUACCCAGAGAAGAAAUGAAGGUCCCUCAAGAAUGUUUUCUGUCGACUCAGAAUCUCUUUAGCAUCUCUUCGGAAGAGAUUGUAGAGCCGUCCCAGCUUGAAGAAGUAGUCUCAUCGUCAGCCUCUGCCCCCUUGGAAGAAAAGGAUUCACUUGACUGCAUCCCAUCAAUGAGGAAUGCUUCGGAUGGCUCUUCAGAACUAAAGAAUGACAAGAGUAGUCUAAACAGUGAAAAUAUGAGUUUUGAAUCAUUUAAUUCUGCAUUUACCAAACAAACCAGCCUAUCUGUGAAUAGAGAGGAAGUCAGCCUCGAGUUAUCAGAGGAGGAUUCUGACCUUGACCUCACUCUCACCAUAUCACCGCCCACGAGUCCCAGGGAGGAAGCACCCGCUGGUGAAAUGGAGCAGCAGCAGGAGGCCCCGUUACCCUGCUUAGAGCUUCAGGAGACAGCGGAAGAAAUCAUUGAGCCUGAAGAGGUGCCUGACGUAAACUCUGCUCUUCACACGUCAAUGAAACCACUAGAAAGUGAGAGAAAAGGUGAUAACUUACAGACAGUGGCUUUCAUACUUUCUAAAGAAACCUGUGCCCUUGAGGUUGCGGAGGAAGUUCAUGUUGCUUCAGACUUCCCCUUCGGUUCUUUAAUUGAAGAAGUGUCACCAGCUUCUAGCCCUGACUGCCAGGUACCAGGUGAAGAAGUACAACCAGCUCGGGCUGUAUCUCCAAGUAGUUUUAAACUCUGUGAUGCACACUGUGAGAAAAGUGACAGAUCCUCCCAGGUUGAGUCAGUAGAUUUGGCCAUAACAGAAAAAGAAAAUUCUUUUGUUGGUCCCACCCAUCCAGUGGGACAAGAUAACUUAACUCAGAUACAACAAAUGCAGCUUUCUGCUGAAAUGCCUCUAAUACUAAAAAAUCACCCAGGAAGAAAAGAUAGAUUUUUAACCCUUCCUGGUGAAGUCACUGAGGAAAUUGUCCCAAGUGAGUGUGGUGAGGGUUCCUCUUUCUCAGAAAAGGUGCCACGCCAUGAUGCAGAGUUAAACCAGCCUGCCUCAGCUGCCACAUGCAGAGAUUCUCUAGAAAACCUGGUAACGUCAAGAAAUCCACUGCAGCCAAUGAAUGUAGAGAACAGAAAUCCCCACCUAAGUCAUCUUGUCGUGGAGACCAGUGAGCCUCCGUUUAGUCCUCAGAAGAUCCUCGAAAAUAAGUCUUUUGCCGACACGUUUGUUUCUACAACCACACCAAGUGGUGUGAAUGUGUCAUUAAAACAGCAGACCAGCCCUAAGAGCCUUAAGGAAAAUGUCUCGAGCAGUGAUUUGAAAACAGAUGAACGCUGUUACAUCCUGGUUAAGUCCUUGCGCUUUGACCCAGUUGACGGAGCUGAAGCUGUGCAGGCCCGCGGGUACCUGGAGCUCCCCAAGCCCACCCUCUCCUCGGGAGGGGCCACCCUAACCCACAGGGCAGGACCCAGCAAUGCAGGGAUGGAGUUUCAAACACAGGAAAUUUCAGUCGUCAGAAUGGCCAGUCUGCUCAAGAAUAAUGAAACUGGAGCUGAGUUAUGUGAAAGAGCUAUAGAUCUAGGAGGUGUCGGCUCUCAGCUGCACAUCACCUCUUCAGAAGGCAGACACAAACCGGCCCACAUGCUGCAAGAUGGGUCACCAUGUGCAGCAAGAGAUCUGCUGAAUGGUGGGCUUUUCCCUGUGUAUUUGCGUGCUGAUUCUUACCAGAAUACAGCAGCAACCGGUGAAACUAUCGAUACAGAGCCUUCUGCUUCCUUUGUUCCCAAAUCUUGUGCCCCUCUUGUUUGUGGGGUCUUUGAAGAGCAGGUGGAAGAUAAGAGUGCUGAUGAGGGGCUGAGGGCUGAGGGGAGCGCUGUGACCCGAGGUGGAGGCGUGGAUAUCAGUGUGAACUCUGACAUCCAUUAUGAACCACUUUCUGGAGACUCGGAUCAAGACUCUUUUGGUGAGUGUGGAAACCCCAGAUUAGAUACGGAAGAGUCCUGUACUUUGCGAUGUAGUCACACCGAGAAAAAAGAACGUACUUCCAAAGAUGGUUUUGACUCUUUCCUGAACCUAAACAAUAGUGAUCAUGAUGACUGGGGCUACUCGAGCCAGGUUCCAGGGCUGGAGACGGGCAUUCCUCCCAGAAGCUGGCCCGUGGGAUUAAAGAAGGAAGAUAAGUGUGUGCCCUGUUACGUCCAAAUCCGAGAUCUCCGUGGGAUCCCCAGGACCUACGCUAACUUCACUGUCACUAAAGAGCUGAGAGACACCACGAGAACCCUGCAUAGCCUGUGGAGGCACCCCGGUGUCACGGCCAAGGGCGGCUUGCACAGCUCCUGGACGGACACUUGGCAGGUGGCAGACGACCUCACCCAGAACACUUUAGAUCUGGAGUAUCUGCGUUUUGCACAUAAACUAAAACAAAUUGUGAAGACGGGAGAUGCUCCGUGUUCCGCCCCUUCCACCGCCGUCUUUCCUAAGGAGCCCCCUCUCCAGGGCGCCAUGGGGGCUUUCCCUGCGACAAAAGUGCCCGAGUCCCCGGGGCUGCCUCCUGCCUCCCGCAGCAGGAGUCCCCUCAUGGUGACAGUCGUGCACUCAGACCCCAGACACCACGGUCAGCAGGCGAGAGGGCAGACACCCAGCUGUGUGGACCGUUCCUCCUUCUUCUGGAAGAAGAGGUGUGGCCAUGAUAGAAAUCAUCUCACAAACUCUGAACAAAAUUCGACUGUUUCAUUCCACCUCAACAAACUGAAAUAUAACAGUACACUGAAAGAGUCCCGGAAUGACAUUUCCCUCAUUCUCAACGAAUACGCCGAAUUCAACAAGGUGAUGAAGAACAGCCACCAGGCCAUCUUCCAGGAGAAAGAGCCCCACGCUGCUCCUGGAGAAGCCGAACCCCGAGAGCUGUGCCCCUCCGUCCCUCGGCCAGCCUCCUACGAGGACAUGGUCGCAGACCUGUGCACCAGUCUGCACGUCAAACUGGAGAGGGUCGUGAAGGAGGCUUGUACCAGGACCUUCCUCUUCCACCUCGUGGAGACAGAGGACAAGUCCUUCUUUGCAAGAACAAAGCAUAUUCUAAGGAAAGGAGGCCACACAGAAAUUGAACCUCAGCAUUUCUGUCAAGCGUUUCACAGAGAGAAAGAUACACUCAUAGUCAUCAUCAGAAAUGAAGAUAUAUCAUCACAUUUGCAUCAGAUUCCUUCUCUGCUGAAGCUGAAGCACUUUCCCAGUGUCAUCUUUGCCGGAGUCGACAGCCCUGAAGACGUCCUCGAUUACACCUACCAAGAGCUGUUCCGGACAGGAGGCUUUGUGGUGUCAGAUGACAAAAUACUAGAAACUUUAACAUUAGUACAACUGAAGGAAAUUGUCAAAAUCCUGGAGAAACUAAAUGGAAAUGGAAGAUGGAAGUGGUUGCUUCACUACAAGGAAAAUAAAAAGCUAAAAGAAGAUGUGAGAGUGGAUUCAAUUGCACAUAAAAAGAACUUAAUAUUGAAAUCGUAUCAGAGUGCAAAUAUCAUUGAGCUGCUUCAUUAUCACCACUGUGACUCCCGAUCAUCAACAAAAGCUGAGCACCUGAAAUGUCUGCUAAACCUGCAAAUUCAGCAUGUCCACGCCAGGUUUGCCGUCUUCCUUACAGAAAAGCCUGUUGUCUCCAGAGAAGUCUUUGAAAACAGUGGCAUCCUUGUUACAGAUGUAAAUGACUUUAUUGAAAAUAUACAGAAAGUAGCAGCUCCGUUCAGGAGUAGCUAUUGGUAAGAACACUUGUGACUCUCUCCCACGUGAGCUGGAACUGACAGCAGAUGCUGACAUCUGUGUCUGCGGGAAACCAGUUGCUCAAAAACUUUUGUACGUUAUACGUCAUGCUGUAAAUUUAAAGUUUUGUUUAUUUAGGGGUGCUGCUGGUUUGGCAUAAAUGGGACUUUCUCAAGUAUCACUAAUGAAAUAACUAACCUACUUUCUAAAUGAUGAGUGUUUUCACCUGCAGUCCAUCUGCUGCCAGGACGGAAGACAAUGUACCCUACAUGCAUAGACGUUUUCCCCAGUAGAUAGCAUCCUAUUUAUGGAAUAGUUCUUGGUUAUUUUAUUUUAAAGAUGGAAUUAUCAAUUUUGUAUUUAUCCAGGUGAUUUAACUGCAGCUUACCUAGACAUCGGUGAUGCCAACAACAAAUUAGUAUUUUUCCGUUUCUUUGAAAACCUUGGAUUUUUUAAAUAUGAGAAGACUGUUCUGUGUAUCUCUGUUCUACAACUUGGGGGAUCAUUUUUCUUCAUGUUUUACACGUUAUGAGAAUGUCUGACUUUGUUCACAGCAGCACUGUAGUUUUCUAUUAGUUUUGGGUUACAGUGUUCAAUAUUAUUGUUUUAAAUUAUUUUCAUUUUAAGCAGAAUACCUUCAAAGCUAUUAAUUGAAAUUAAUGAUAAAAAUAAGAAUUUUACAAGUGUACUCAAUUGUAGCAAAAAUAAGUCUAUUUUAACCAGUAGCUUUGUUUUUGCACGUUAAGGUCAGAAAUGCACAUGUAAUGCAUGUUAUAGUCUGUUUUAAAGGUUUUACCACCUGUGUAAAAACUAAAAUCUUCAAUGGUUUUAUCUGCUGUUAUUCAUGCUACACUACAUAAAUCAUUUUUUUCCUAAAUGGUACAAAUUUAUAAACUGUCAUUUUCACUUACUCAGUUUUUCUAAAUAGCGCACUACAAAAAUCAACCCUCUGAGGAAGAAAUAAUCAUUUAUUUAUAUUAGAAAUAAUUUCUACAACAAUCUUUAAAACUCAAAA